AAACCCUUUUCUUUCUAGUCGGUCGGGAUUUUGUUGGACACUCAAUUGGAUUAAGAAUAAAAAACCCUCAUAUACAUCUCUCUGAUUUUUCGGCUAUUAAUUCGCUCUAUUUUUUUUAAAAAAAAUUUAUAACCUUCUACGUUUCAAUUUUCCUUUUCGGAGAUUUCCUUCUUUAGAAUCUCUCGCUGUGUGAUUGCCGGGAAUUUUUUUUUCUGAAUUUUCCGGCGAGAAAAACCAAUGGGUUCCACCGAUGUUCCGUCAUCGGUGAUUUCUUAUGCCCUCAAUGACGCCUCUAAUUGGUGGGAUAAUAUCAAUAAUUCACCUGUUUGGCAGGAUCGUAUCUUUCAUGUCCUCGCGGGACUGUAUGCCUUUGUUGGCGCCAUUGCUCUGAUCCAACUUAUUCGAAUAGAAUUGAGAGUUCCUGAGUAUGGUUGGACGACACAGAAGGUUUUCCACUUUCUUAACUUCUUGGUGAAUGCGGUUCGGUCGUUGGUCUUUGCACUCCGUCGGAAUGUGCAACAUAUAAAACCUGAGAUUUUCCAACAUGUCUUGCUUGAUAUGCCAAGUCUUGCUUUCUUCACAACAUAUGCACUGUUAGUUCUGUUCUGGGCAGAGAUAUACUAUCAGGCACGGGCUGUAUCAACUGAUGGGCUUAGGCCAAGUUUCUACACUGUGAAUGCUGUUGUGUAUGGCAUCCAGAUAGUGUUAUGGUUAAUUUUGUGGUUGAAGCCCAUCCGUCUUGUCCUCGUCCUGUCCAAGAUCUUCUUUGCAGGUGUCUCAUUGUUUGCAGCCCUUGGGUUUCUUCUCUAUGGAGGAAGACUCUUCUUAAUGCUUCAACGCUUCCCUGUUGAGUCAAAAGGUCGAAGAAAGAAGUUACAGGAGGUUGGCUAUGUGACCACCAUAUGUUUCACAUGUUUCGUAGUAAGAUGUAUCGUGGUAUGCUUCAGUGCAUUCGAUAAAGCUGCUGAUCUUGAUGUUUUGAAUCAUCCAGUACUAAACUUCAUAUACUACCUCUUGGUGGAGAUUCUACCCUCUAUUCUGGUCCUCUUCAUUUUGAGGAAGCUUCCUCCCAAGCGCGGUAUCACUCAGUAUCACCCCAUCCGCUGACAUGAUUGAAGAGGUUAUUUGAUACAUGGGAGAACCUGCGAAGCAGGGACUAAUGGAUGGCUUGGUCUUGGAAAAGCUCAUCUGUCCUCUAAAAUGGAGAUGCAAUUAAGGGUAUCAAGACAUAACUUCUGUGCAUAUAUCAGACACCGUGCUCAACUUCUAGCAUCUAAACAAGGGGUCUGGUCUGUUUCUUUUAAGCACUGUAGAUUUGUGAAAAAGAAAUAUCUUGGUAAGAAGUGUUGUGAAUUCUGAUGACCCAUUUUAGUGUAACUGUUGCUUGGUUUUUGUUUAUAUAAUAGAUGUUAUACGAUGGCAUACUGUGUUGGGUCCCUAUAUAUUCUGCUAA